AUGGCUAGGAUCGGCUAUGUUGCACCUUAUUUUAUGCCGCUGAUGUGCUCAAGCAAACCAUGGAUCAAGAUCAUUCUUUUUGUGAAUGUACUGGGACUUUUCGGGCUUGCAUAUGGCCUUGCUCAUCAACUGUUGAUUUCUCAAUAUGACGACCAGUCUAUGUUCAAGCCCAACGGACAAGACUAUUUCCGAGCAUCCCUGCUUGGCUUCUUUUCGCCAUUUGCGCUAUACUUCCUGCGAGACUUUUUGCUCAUGUUAAGCCCUCGAGCCAUUUUGAUCAACCUUUUUGUGGACUUCCCAUUUAACGACUGGUUUUGUCUAUUGAUCAUUUUCUGCCUAGCGUAUCCCCAACUGCAGGCUGCCCGUAUUACGGGCACAAUAGAUGAAACAAUCUGGCAUAUAAUACCAAAGCAAUCUGCGGUUUUUGGGAUAUCAUGGUCACUAUGCGAGUUACUGAUAUGUCUAGUUCAGAACUUGCACAGGUACGAAGAGGUUCCGUCUCCUGAAUCUGCUAAGCGCAACAUGGAAACACAGGUGCUCCAAGAAGAGCAAGGAUUGGUAAGAAAUAAUAUUACACUAUCUAAAUGCAUCGACGUUAAACGGAAAGCGUCCCUCAUUUCCGAGAACGUAUACUCCCAUGAGGACCCACCGCAUUCACAAAUGACCACUUCAAAUCCAGAUGAGGAAUCGACAGACACUGUUUUUGUAAGCUUCAACGACAGCUCUAUCUCGCUGUUAAGAGACUCGGAGCAAGGUAACACAGGCUCCCGCCCUCGGUCCCGUGAUAGACAUCCCGGCCUCUUUAACGGUAGUGUCAUAUACUUUCCAGAAAUCGUGUCGAAACGCGUUUUUAUCAAAGAGUUGCUGGUGUUCAACUUGCUGGUAAUUGACAGCAUCCUGUUAUUGGUUGGAAACGCUUUCAUCAUCUCGAUGUAUUUCAUCUACGUUCCAGGCCAUGAUUGGCUGUUUUCACCCGCAGUUAGGUAUUUUGGGUCUCGCACCUUCGGAUUUUUCAUUCUAAGAGCAAUCCUGCCGCUUUCAACGCUCAGCUUCGUGAUGAGCGUGUUCCUAUUUGUAUGGAAUGACACUGGCACUGAUUCCUCAGAUUCCCUCCACAAAGCCAACUCUGAUUUACAUAUCCACUCUUCGCAGCCGCAGAGUCUGCAAUAUAUUUCCUCCGAUCAGCUUUUCGUCAUGAACUCGAUCUACACGCAAGAUUUGCUGACGACGGAUGACGAUAACGAAAUUCUAAUUCUGCGUGUUUUCCGCAAAAUUAUGUCCUUCUGGCGUUCAGUUUCAAACCAUCGCAGCUUUCCCAUUGUUGGGCUCACAAUAUGGUCAACUAUCAUGUUCUCACUUGGCACUUUUGGUGCCAUUCAGCAAUAA